UUGGACAAAACAAAAGAAAAUGUGGUGUUUAAUAUCUCAGAUUGAUUCUAGAGUGAUAUAUAUUGUAGUUGAAGGCAACAAUGUAACAGUAGGCAGAACUUUGGAUUCUCAAUGUGGAAGUUUUGCAGUUAUUGAAGACGCCUCGAUAAGUAGAAAACAUGCAUGUCUCUCAAUAGUUCAGGACAAUUUAUACUUACAAGACUUGGGUUCCCGGUACGGGACCUUCUUGAAUCAAACCAGUGAAAGAUUAGGAGUAACUUCCAAGGUGCAGAUUAAGCACAACGAUGUAGUAAGAUUUGGAAAACUCAAUAGUGUUUGGACAGUUCAGGAAAUCAAACAUGUGACGUGCACCUCAACUUUGAAGGGAGAGAAUCUUCAUAAUUUAAGAAUAGUGCUUGACAAAAUAGGCGCUUCAUUAAAGAGUGAUUGGGAUGACACAUGUACAUAUCUAACUAUGCCAGCUAUAACAUUAACAAUUAAAGUUGUUCUAGCAUUGGCACAGGGCUCCUAUAUAGUUACACCUCAAUUUUGGAAUGAUGUCUUACAUGCUGUUACAGUUAGCACAACAUUGCCAAACCCAAAAAACUUCACCCCGCAAGUCAUAGAGUCAACUAUCAACAAAGAAGAUGUUAUGUUUCUUCCUGAUGAAAGAAGGAGCAAAUUAUUCACUGGCAAAACAUUCAUUUUCUUUUCAAGAAGACAACUCGAAAUGUAUAAACAGGUUUUACUUAAGAGCUCUGCUACUCCCUUAUUAUUGAGUGAAUCCAAGAUGACCAAGUCUAUGCUUGUCAGCCCUGAUGUUGUUGUAAUUCAAUACAACAUUGGUAACACCUCCCAAGAAUCACAAGCACAAAGAAAUAUGUUAAAUGAUAUCAUUAACUAUCUCAACAGCAAAGGUAAAAGGGCUGUUGCUGACGCAGAAAUUGGCCUGGCCAUAUUGUAUUGUUCGACCGAGAAAUAUUGCAAUCCAGAGUUUAGCUUCACUUCUGAAGUCUUUAGGCAGCCAACAACUUCUAACAAUAAAAAGAUGGAAAUUCUUGCACAAGACACACAGGAAACGCAAAGAUUGCAGUGCAAGAAAGAAAAUGUCAUGAUAAAUGAAAGUUUAACACCAAAACACAGCAGUUUUAACACAUCUACUGUGGUUAACACUGACAAUGUUAGUGCCAAAAGAAAAUUAACUGAAGAUAUCUCUGAUAAUGUAAUGAAUUUAAAUAAAAAGGUGGCCACUACCCCUAUGCACCAGUCAAUGAAUGCUGAUGGUGCUAAAAGAAAGUUGACCGAUGAGGAAGCACAAGGUAAUCAGAAUAAGAAAAUGGCAUUAGACACUAGUGAAUCUAAUGAUGAUGCCUUCAAUUUUAUCAAUCCAACAACUAAUUCGGAAAAGUCUACUAAGGAAACUGAGAAAAAACUUAAUUUCUUCAAACCGGCCAGAAAAAAUGUAGACACUGCUGAAAAUGAUGAUGAUUUAUUCAACUUUGUUCAGGAUACAACUAAAAGUUCUAAUUCCAAGCAACUGUCUAUAAAAAAAAUGUUUGAAACAAGAACUCAAACCAGUAAAGAGACACCUCAAGGGAACUCUUCAACUGUACAAAACACCAAUGCUCUAAAGAAAGAGGAAUCUGAUGAGGAAGAACUGCACAGUCGAAUGAGUGACUUAGAUCUAGGGUCCACUAUAGUAAAGGUCAGACGGGACUUGAUAGUCAAGAAAGAAUUACUGAAAAUUGAGGACUAUACUGACCAAGGAAAGAAUUUCAAAAAGUUCAAGAAAGUGUGGCCUAUUAAAAUGCAGGUUACAAUCAUACCUAAAUCAUCAAUGAGCAUUAUUAAACCUGAAGGUUUUGAUGUCAAUGAAAUAAGUAGUUUGACUACAAGUGAUACUGAAUGACCUCUUACAUUGUUCUGCAAUAAAUACUGAAAGAA